CUUCCGGUUCCGGGUCCUGUGCGCUCGGCGGGAGGCUGGCCGCGGGCUUCCGGGAGGAGCCGUCUCUGGGGGUGUGGUUCCGGGUGGCGGGAAGCUGAGGGGCUAGGGGUCGUUCGAGCGGGGCGGCUUCGCCAGGGCUCGGCACAGCCAUGGAGAGCGGAGGGCGGCCCUCGCUGAGCCAGUUCAUCCUCCUGGGCACCAGCUCCGUGGUCACCGCCUUCCUGUACUCCGUGUACCGGCAGAAGGCCCAGGUCGCCCAGGAGCUCAAGGGAGCUAAAAGAAUCCACUUGGGUGAAGACUUAAAGAAUAUUCUUUCAGAAGCUCCAGGAAAGUGUGUGCCUUAUGCUGUUAUUGAAGGAGCCGUUCGAUCCGUUAAAGAAACGCUUAACAGCCAGUUUGUGGAAAAUUGCAAGGGGGUGAUUCAGCGGCUGACGCUUCAGGAGCACAAGAUGGUGUGGAACCGGACAACCCACCUCUGGAACGACUAUUCCAAGAUCAUUCACCAGAGGACCAACACGGUGCCCUUUGACCUGGUGCCCCACGAGGACUGCGCGGGCGUGGCCGUGCGCGUGCUGAAGCCCCUGGACGCGGUGGACCUGGGCCUGGAGACGGUAUACGAGAACUUCCACCCCUCCACGCCGUCCUUCACGGACGUCCUCGGCCACUACCUGAGCGGGGAGCGGCCCAAGGGCAUCCAGGAGACGGAGGAGAUGCUGAAGGUGGGGGCGCCGCUCACGGGGGUGGGCGAGCUGGUCCUGGACCACAGCUGCGUGCGCCUGCAGCCCCCCAAGGGGCCGGGCAUGCAGUACUACCUGAGCAGCCAGGACUUCGACAGCCUGCUGCAGCGGCAGGAGUCCAGCGUCCGGCUCUGGAAGGUCCUGGCCCUGGUCUUCGGCUUCGCCGCCUGCGCCACCCUCUUCUUCCUCCUCCGGAAGCAGUACCUGCGGCGGCGGCGCGAGCGGCGGCGGCCGGAGGAGGAGUUCCGGGAGCGCGCGUAUCCCGAGGAGGACCGUCCCGAGGAGGACCGUCCUGAGGAGGAUCGGGAGGGCCCGAAGGGCGCCUGCGUCGUGUGCCUGAGCAACUUCCGGUCGUGCGUCUUCCUGGAGUGUGGGCACGUGUGCGCCUGCGUCCAGUGCUACCGCGCGCUGCCUGAGCCCCGGCGGUGCCCGAUCUGCAGGCAGGAAAUCAGCCGGGUGGUGCGCUUGUACAACAGCUAAGGUGGGCACGGGGACACUCCGCCCUGCUUCGGGGGUGUUUAUCAUCUCCGGGCCUUUACAAGAGCAGUGACGGGGCCGCUGCCAGCUGCGGAAGGCCGCCUUUGUCCAGUGUGGGGUUGGCCUUUGCCAGCCCGGGGCACAGGCACAGAACCCCAUGCCCUGCCCUGGCACGGGCCACGGGGGUGCCAUGUCCCUUCCCUGGAGCCAGGUGAGCCCGUGUGUGGCUGAGAGGAGCCCACUGCCCGAGCGCCAAAGUCCGUGGCCUCCAGCUUUUCUGUCUGUUGUCUUCUCCCCGCUCCCCUGACCGGGGUGUGGGUCCCUGUGGAAGAGUCUCCAGACUGCUUGUGUGCCCCCGUCCCUUACGCUGCCGGCCUCCCACAUGUACGCAGGCACUUCAGCAUCAAAGGGAGUGAAUGCGGCAUCUGCCCUCUGCCUGACAGGCGGGACUCUGGUCGGAGAAAGGAGGCAGGUCGCUGGCAGGGGCGCUUGGAAUGCUGCCAGUUCAGUGGCCCUCCAUCUCGGUGAGGACAGGGCCACUUAGCUGCAGCCUUCCUGGGGUCACCGGACCUAAAGAGAGGGCGCUGGGAGCACGUGUCCGCCCUGACUUGGAACUCGGAAGUCUGAACUGGCUGAGGGCUGGCUCUGGUUUUCUCUGCCCAGGCUGAGCUGGAAAGCCACAAAGGAAGCAAUAAGGAUGCUGCUGUCCCCGCCUUGAGUUUUCUCAGCUUCUCACGGAGGCUCCCACCAAGGAAAAGUAGCAGCCAGCAUCUUGAGGCCAGGGCCUUGUCCAGGCUAACCCUAACCCCGCCCCUGAAAGGCUCACAUCCCGAGUGCCAUCACACUGCCCCUCCUCUCAGCACCCUCCACCCCUCCCUCAUCUCAGUCAACUCUGUGAGUGCAGACAAGUGGGGAGCCGCUCUCACUGCCUCUGAGUGGCCGAGGUCGCUGAAGUCCCAUGCGCAGCACCUUCUUCUCUCCCUUCCCUGGCUCUGAGUGGCUCUGAGUGUCCUUGCCCCCACCCCCCUUUGUGCCGGGGCGGGGGCGGGGGGGGCGCUCUCAGGGCUCACACCAGCUCUGUGCAGUGUCCAGUGUGGACAGCACUAAUAAAACACCUUAUAACCGA